AUGAAGAUCACUCCGGUACUCGUGCUCCUCGCCAUCUGCCUCGGCUGUGUGAUGAUCCACCGGUCGGAGGCCGCCUCCAGCACCUCCAGCACCGCCACCACCUCCGCCUCGGCCACCACCUCCGCCUCGGCCACCACCACCACCUCUGCUGCGGCCACCACCACCACUUCCGCCUCCGCCACCACCACCACUUCCGCUUCCGCCACCACCACCACUUCCGCUUCCGCCACAACUACUACGGCGGCGUCUGCGGCAAAAACGGCGACGGUAACCAAAACCGAGCAGAAGAUCCAGAGACCCGGAAGGGAGAUUACAAUUACGAAGCACAAUGCAGGAUGCGGAUGCGGUUGCAAGAGCAAGUGCGGCAAGUGUGGCAAGAGCAGCAAGUGCGGCAAGUGUGGCAAGAGCAGCAAGUGCGACAAGUGUGGCCAGAGUAGCAAGUGCGACAAGUGUGGCCAGAGUAGCAAGUGCGGCUGCAGCGAGAGCGAUCAGACCAGCGUUAAGAAGGGCUGGUUCAAGCUGUGA